AUGCCGGACCGGGAACCCUGGUACGUCCCCGAGACGGUGCCAUUGCACCCUGCGGUCGCAGACGAGCUCAAACGCUGGAAACCGCGCGACUUGGCCGCGUUGUUCAACGACACGCGCGCCCACUUCACCACAACUCUGGCCCAAACGGUCGAAACCGAUGUCCUGAGCGCCGGCGGUGCUGUGGAAAGGCUCGCCGCGGUGUAUGGCGAGUUCCAAGAACUGCGCGAGCGCCAGACAGCGCUCGAGCAGCGUGUUCAGGACGCCCGCGCUCGCUACGUCGCAGCGAGCGCUGCGAUGCCCACGGUGACGUGGGAGAACUGGGACCAGUACCGCGAGGGCGCGCUCAGCGCGCCCCGGCUGGGCGAGGUGUUUGAAGAGGCGAGCGUCGCGCUUGCUCGAACGUCUCCCGACUCGCUCGCCUCGCUACUCCGGGCCCUGCCCUACAUCUUGCAAGACCCGCGAUGCGUGGUGCCCGACGACCAACACGAAGACCUACACAUCGCGGGCGGCCGCAUCGAACUGACGUGUCCGAUCACUUGUCGCCGCUACACGCAGCCGAUGGUCUCGCGCAAGUGCGGCCAUGUUUUCGACUACAGUGGCAUCCACCAGUAUCUACACGGCGAUGCCAGCACCAAGGACUGUCCGAUGACCGGUUGUGGCCAGAAGAUCGCGAUGAGGGACAUGGUGCGCGACGAAGUGAUGGAACUACGGUGUCGCGUCGACCAGGCACGCACGGCCGCGGCGACCGCCGCGGACGCGGCCAGCGUGCCGACGUUGUAG